AUGUCUGAAAAUACGAAAUAUGAUCCGCAUUUAAAGAGCAAGCAUAACGAAAAAAUUUUUAAAAUAGUUAACGAUGUAGCUACGCCAUUUUUUCCUUUUAUUGGAGCGAUCACGAAUACUCUUAAAUCGCUGUUAAAAACUUUUAGAAAUGCAAAGUGUAACCGUAAAAUUUGUUCAGCUUUGAUAGAUCGAGUUAAAAUCGUUAAGGUAGCUGUUGAAUCUUUACAACGAGAACAGCCAGGUAAUGAAGUAUUCUUUCAAAAGCAGGCUUCCUAUGAAGCGUGGAUCAGAUUUACCGCUGUUUUAAAAAAUAUUGAGAAAUUUGCCGAGCAAGUCACGCAAUUACCAACGGUACGAAAGACUUUUCACAGUGGUGGUGAAUCAAUUAAAGAGACAUUUGAUAAAAACAUUAAAGAGUUUGAGGAAGUUUGUCACGAAUUACAAUUUGUUUUAGCUAUUUACAGUCAUGCACAAAGAGAAAUGGAAUCUGAAAAAAUUAUUUCGGAUAUUAAAAAUUUAACUCAGAUUAUGAAUAAGUUCAAGGAUGAAGUAAUGAAUAACUUAAUCCAAAUAAGCAUAUAUAAGAAUUGUUUGGAACAGCCGAGGAUAGAAGGCAACAUAAAUGAUUCUCAUGGUAUAGACCCUCUAAAUAUUAAAGAAUGCAACAGGUUCAAAGAUUCUAUUUUUAAAGGAAAUUAUUUUGGAACUCAAGUUGUGUACCGAUAA